UUUAAAGCUCAUUGGGCCGUUUGUGACACGUGACCAGGAACAGCGGAAGAGCCUCAGACGUCCGCAUACAGAAGAGUCUCUUGGGUCUUCAGGAUGCAAAGUACCACUAACUACCUUUGGCUGAUCUCUGAUCUGCUUGGUCAGGGAGCAACAGCCAAUGUUUACCGCGGUCGACACAAAAAAACUGGGGACCUAUAUGCCGUGAAGGUAUUCAACAACAUCAGCUUUCUGAGGCCAUUAGAUGUUCAGAUGAGGGAGUUUGAGGUUUUGAAGAAAUUAAACCACAAAAACAUUGUGAAACUGUUUGCAGUGGAAGAGGAGUCUAACACUCGUCACAAGGUGCUUGUUAUGGAGUACUGCCCUUGUGGGAGUCUGUAUACUGUUUUAGAGGAGGCUUCAAAUGCCUAUGGCCUUCCUGAAGAUGAGUUCCUUAUAGUCCUCCAUGAUGUGGUUGCUGGGAUGAACCACUUGAGGGAAUAUGGCAUCGUCCACCGUGACAUUAAACCUGGGAACAUUAUGCGUGUGAUUGGAGAGGAUGGACGAUCUGUCUACAAGCUGACAGACUUCGGCGCUGCCAGAGAGUUGGAGGAUGAUGAGCAGUUUGUGUCACUCUAUGGCACUGAGGAAUAUUUGCAUCCUGACAUGUAUGAGCGUGCUGUUUUGAGGAAAGAUCACCAGAAAAAAUAUGGGGCCACAGUGGAUCUUUGGAGUAUCGGUGUUACUUUCUACCAUGCAGCUACAGGCAGCCUCCCAUUCCGACCUUUUGAAGGGCCCCGCAGAAAUAAAGAAGUGAUGUAUAAAAUUAUCACAGAGAAACCUCCUGGAACAAUCUCUGGUCACCAGAAGUGUGAAAAUGGCAAAAUUGAAUGGAGCACAGAGAUGCCAGUGUCUUGCAGCUUAUCUAAGGGAUUGCAGAGCCUUCUUACCCCUGUGCUUGCCAACAUCUUGGAGGCAGAUCAGGAAAAGUGCUGGGGUUUUGACCAGUUUUUUGCAGAGACAAGUGACAUCCUGCACCGUACAGUUGUUUAUGUUUUCAGCCUACAGCAAGCUACUCUUCAUCACAUCUACAUCCAUGAAUACAACACAGCCGCACUGUUCCAGGACCUGCUGUGCCGAAGGACCAGUAUCGCACUCCACAACCAGGAGCUACUUUAUGAGGGCCGGCGUCUCAUCCUCGACCCAAACCGCCAAGCCAAAACAUUCCCCAAGACUUCCAGAGACAACCCCAUAAUGCUUGUCAGCCGCGAGUCUGUCACUACCGUUGGACUCAUCUUCGAAGACCCCAGUCCACCAAAAGUUCAACCUCGCUACGAUCUAGAUUUAGAUGCCAGCUAUGCCAAGACAUUUGCAGGAGAUGUGGGGCAUUUAUGGAAAACUUCAGAGUCUCUCCUUGUGUAUCAGGAACUAGUACGAAAGGGUGUCCGUGGACUAAUAGAGCUGAUGAAGGAAGACUACAGUGAAAUUCAACACAAAAAGAAUGAAGUCUUUCAUUUGUGUGGCUAUUGUACACAGAUACUUGAAAAAACAGAACAGCUAUUUGAGGUGUUCAUGCAGGCCAACAUGCUGUCAACAGAAUACGAUGAGAUCUCAGACAUGCACAAGAAAAUUCUUAGGAUUGCAAGUUCUUUGGAGCCCAUUGAACGAACAACGCAAGAUAUCAAAAGUAAAUUCUUACCCGGAGGAGUGCUGACAGACACCUGGACACAACAAGUUGGGACUCACCCUGAGGACAGAAAUGUGGAAAAAAUCAAAGUGUUGCUGGAUGCCAUCACAGCCAUUUACCAGCAGUUUAAAAAGGACAAGGCUGAACGAAGACUGCCAUACAAUGAGGAACAGAUCCAUAAAUUUGAUAAACAAAAGUUGGUCCUUCAUGCCAGCAAAGCAAGAUCCCUAUUCACAGAGGAAUGUGCCAUGAAAUACCGUUUGUUUAUCUCUAAGAGUGAGGAGUGGAUGAGGAAAGUUCAUCAUGUGAGGAAACAGUUCCUCAGCCUGUCUGGUCAACUGAUUAGCAUUGAGAAAGAGGUGACAAUGUUAAUGGAAAGAGCCAUCAAGCUGCAAGAGCAACUUCCUCAGAAAGUCCUUCCUCUAGUGUCCAGUGGGAUGAAGCCUCAGGCCUACCUGAGCCAAAACACACUCGUGGAAAUGACUCUGGGGAUGAAGAAACUAAAGGAAGAGAUGGAAGGUGUGGUCAAAGAGUUAGCAGAAAACAACCACUUCUUAGAACGUUUUGGCACUUUGACAUUGGAUGGAGGAUUGAGGGGCUAAAUUGAAUAAGACCAGUUUGUACAUAAUUACUGUAAAUAUGUAACCUGGUGAUCCAGCCCAUGCAGGAGCAUCUGGAGCCCUCCCCACAGUAUAUCAUCACACUCCCUCAAGUUUCUGAUUGAUGAUCAAUCGUGAUUCAUAUGCAAAUGAUUCAAAUGCAGAAGAAAUGUCCCUGAAAGAUUUAUAGUAAGCUGACACUUUUUUAAUAUAGAUUUUAUUUGUCCUGUUUUUAAGGAGGGGACAUUUCUCAAUCCACCUCUCAUUCCCUGCCAUUGAAACUUAUGGGUGUUUUAUCAAGAGUUCAGACUCUGUAUAGAAUAGGAGGACUUUUGGCUGACCACACAAGUAAUUAUCAUGGGGACUAUGUAAAUAUAUUCAUUCAAUAAGAAGGCAUAGAAGGCAUAUUUUGUUUAUCAGUUACUUUUUGUUUUCCUAGUAGAGCUAUACUGCUCAAACUGCUUAAAAUCAGGGUAUUCAAUGCCAUAGAAAACUUGUGGGUUAGCAGUUCAACCUCACUGCAAAAAGGUCCCAGGAUGGGGCUUUAUGGUGGAGUUUGCAUAUUCUCUCAUUUGUUUUUCCUAUUAGGUUCCUUCAGUUAUCUUGAGAGGUAUUAGUCGAUCUGUGUGCCUGUUUUACUUGUAUAUACAUGAACUUAUGUCCACUCCCCCCAUUCAAAAUGUCACACAAUUUUCUUCUGUAUAACUGUAAAUAAAUGUCGUAUAGACUUUAAAUCUAAUAAAUGUGUUUGAAGAUUUCAAUUGC